GCAGGCCUGGGAUGCAGUCACCAGGCGGUGGCGGCCCGCGGCCCGGGGUGGCCGGGGGCUGGAGGGCCCGCUGUCGCCCGCCUCGCCCGCCUCCCACUGAUGUGCCCGGAUGCGCUGGCGUCCAGCGCCUGCCCUCUCGCCACUUCCCCCUCGUAGCAUGAGUCCCGGCGCUUCGAUGGCCCUGCUUUAGGAUCCAGGCGGCAGCGCGCUCUGCAGCCGCCCAGCCCGCAGGACGGCAGGUGAUGGUGCUGCGGGGCGAGCUCAGUGGGCUCCCAAAUCCUAGUACGCCCAGUCCCAGCGCCCGGCCUUCCGUAGUGCCAGGAAGCCUGUAUCUUAGCCACAGACUUUGAUUUUUACUUUACUGCACUGCUGGGGAAAUAUUAAGCGGGUGCCAACUAGAUUAAAGCACCAAGAGAUCCUGUUCCUAUCAAUUACAGAAGCCAUAAAGAAAAUUUUUAAAAAGUUAAAACUUUACCAUAAUGAGCAAAGCAUAUAAAUAUUGGGGCAGUUUGGAUCCAUGGCUUUAUCCCUUAUUUGAGUAGAACCAAAGCAGUGGAGUUUUCAGAGGCCAUCUGGCUAGCAGUCCUUCCCCCAAUCAUGUCCAGAUAUUGCCACAUCUGCAAACUUCCCGGACGAGUGAUGGGCAUUCGAGUCCUUCGUUUCUCUCUGGUGGUCAUCCUCGUGCUGCUGCUCGUAGCCGGGGCUUUGACCACUUUACUUCCAAAUAUCAAGGAAGACAAGAUGCUCACUUUGCGUAGGGAAAUAAAAUCCCAGGGCAAGUCCACCCUGGAUUCCUUUACUCUAAUAAUGCAGACAUACAACAGAACAGAUCUCUUACUGAGACUCUUAAAUCAUUAUCAGGCUGUGCCAUAUCUGCAUAAAGUGAUUGUAGUGUGGAACAAUGUUGGGGAGAAGGGACCAGACGAGUUAUGGAAUUCUCUAGGGCCGCAUCCCGUCCCUGUGAUCUUCAAACUACAGACAACAAACAGGAUGAGAAAUCGACUCCAGGUCUUUCCUGAACUAGAAACCAAUGCAGUGUUAAUGGUAGAUGAUGACACGCUAAUUAGUGCCCAAGACCUUGUCUUUGCUUUCUCAGUUUGGCAGCAAUUUCCUGAUCAAAUUGUAGGAUUUGUUCCUAGAAAGCAUGUCUCUACUUCAUCAGGCAUCUACAGUUAUGGAGGUUUUGAACUGCAGACCCCAGGGUUUGGGAAUGGUGACCAGUACUCUAUGGUGCUGAUUGGAGCCUCGUUCUUCAAUAGCAAAUACCUUGACCUGUUUCAGAGGCAGCCUGCCGCUGUCCAUGCUUUGAUAGAUGAAAUCCAAAACUGUGAUGAUAUUGCCAUGAAUUUUAUCAUUGCCAAGCACACCGGGAAGACUUCAGGGGUAUUUGUGAAACCUGUAAACAUGGGCAAUUUAGAAAAAGAAUCCAAUGGUGGCUAUCCUGGAAUGUGGCAUCGAGCUGAGCACUUUUUGCAGAGGUCUUACUGUAUAAAUAAGCUUGUUAAUAUCUACAAUAGCAUGCCCUUAAAAUACUCCAAUAUUAUGAUUUCUCAGUUUGGUUUUCCCUAUGCCAACCACAAAAGCAAAAUAUGAAACAAAAACAAAAACAAACCUCAGAACUGCUUAGUAUUUGAGUAGCUUCUCUUUGCUAGGGUUGGUGUUUUGUUUUGUUUUGUUUUGUUUGGGUUUUUUUAAGCAACACCAUGAACUUUUAUCCACUACAGAAGUCUCUACAAAGGAAACAAUGUACAGUGCUUCUAGGACAUAAAAUUCACAUGAACUUCAAAAACCAAGAAGCUGGUACUCUCUAGAUAGGUAUUUUUGGAGGGGUUUUCAUCCAUGGAUAGAACUCCUUGGUCAGUGAUUUUAUUGUUUACAUUCCGAGACUGUUCUACAAUUUCUUUGACUCCUGGCAUUUGCCUUAAGGACCUAUAUAGCAAGUUGUCUCCAGGAUCAGAAACUCCAGAAAAGAAUUUCUCAGAUUUUUCAUUAAAGGAUGAUUGUUUUCAUUUGAAGCCUGAAAUGCCUCGUUUGCAAAAGCCUGUGGUGUAGAGAAAAGCCAUGUGAAAGGAGAAUAAUCUUCAAUCCCUUAUAAAAACAAGUGGACAACUCA